AUGUUUGACCACACCCCGCUUCAGCCUUUCGAGCACAACAUCAAAGAUGCGCCGGAAGCCCGCACACGAAGACCAGACAUGGCCUCAUUCUUCUCCCAGCUAAGCCAGGUUGAGACCGACUCCCCCACACACAUGAACGACCACGCCAUACCGACUCCCGUCGAUGUAGCAGCAACCUACAACCUCCUCCGCCUACAAUACGAGUCUCUCAUCCAGUCUGCUCCCCCCGAAUUUGACACCCACGUCCUUGAAGAACUAAUUUCCGAUAUUCGAUCUUCUAUGGAUUCACCUCCGGAAGAAGUACGCGGUGUACCACAAAGUUAUCUAGAUGAGCUGGAAAGGGUACCUAAGAAGUCAUUGAAGAAAACGGACAAAUGCCCUAUUUGUGCGGACGCAUUUCUCGAUGAUCCGUAUCCGUUGGUGGUCGUUUUGCCCUGUCAUUCGACUCAUAUGUUUGACUUGGAGUGUGUGGGGCCGUGGUUGAGAUUGAAUGGUACUUGUCCUUUGGACAGGAAAGAGUUGAUGAAGAAGAAGAAAGAGGAGAAAGUUGUGCCUCGAGAACGUAAUCGCAAUCAAGAGCCGGGAGAGAAGAAGGAUGCUAAGAAGGAAGAAGUGGAUCGCUAUGAUGACGAGGAGGAGUUUGAUGAUAUGUAUGCUUGA